GCGGGGGUGUCCUUUGAGGAGGUGGCCGUGUAUUUCACCCCGGGGAGUGGACCCUGCUGUGCCCAGCCCAGAGAGCUCUGUACAAGGAAGUCAUGCUGGAGAAUUAUGGGAACGUGGCCUCUCUGGGAUCUCUGGUUGCCAAACCUGACCUCAUAUCCUGGCUGGAAGAAGAGGAAGAGCGAUUUCUUCUGGCUUCCGAUGAAGAGGAGGGAUCGGCAGGAUCUCUGGUAGCCAAACCUGACCUCACAUCCUGGCUGGAAGAAGAGGAAGAGCGAUUUCUUUUGGCUUCCGAUGAAGAGGAGGGAUCGGCAGUUCUUUCAACAGGAGACGUGUGGUGGUCAGCAAGUAAAGCCGAAGAAUACCCACUGAUGGAAAAAGAGGCUACGUAUUUAGAUGUGAAAGAAGAGUUUGAAUAUUUGGAUACACCAAGGAAGGAGGAGGGAAAACACCCACCCAAAGGGAAGAAUAAUUCUGGUCCUUUACAGAAAGAUGACUUUCCAUGGGAAAAAAUAUGUCAAGGAGACAACAGGAAGGAGUGUGCUGCAAGCAACGAAAUUUCCACUGAAAUAUCAGUUAUUGAUAUUCAACAAAGAAUGUGUAACAGGAAGAAAAUACAUAAAUGCCUGGAGAAUGGGGAAAGCUUCAGUCAGAGUUCACACCUUCAUACUCAUCAAAAUAUUCACACAGGGGAGAAACCAUACAAAUGCCUGGAGUGUGGGAAAAGCUUCAGCCAGAGUUCCAGUCUUACUUCCCAUCAAAGAAUUCACACAGGGGAGAAACCAUUUACAUGCCUGGAGUGUGGGAAAAGCUUCAGUCGGAGUGACAGUUGUAUCUCCCAUCAAAGAAUUCACACAGGGGAGAAACCAUAUAAAUGCCUGGAGUGUGGGAAAAGCUUCAGUCGGAGUUCAUACCUUAAUGGCCAUCAAAGAACUCAUAGAGGGGAGAAACCAUAUAAAUGCCAGGAGUGUGGGAAAAGCUUCAGUCAGAGUUCACACCUUCAUGCUCAUCAGAAUAUUCACACAGGUGCAAAACCAUAUAAAUGCUUGGAAUGUGGGAAAAGCUUCUCUCAGAGUUCACACCUUCAUGCUCAUCAAAAUAUUCAUACAGGUGAGAAACCAUAUAAAUGCCUGGAGUGUGGGAAAAGUUUCAGUCAUAGUUCACACCUUCAUGUUCAUCAAAACAUUUGCAUGGGGGAGAAACCAUACAAAUGCCUGGAGUGUGGGGACAGCUUCUGUCAGAGUUAUGGUCUUACUUUACAUCAAAGAAUUCACACAGGUGAGAAACCAUACAAAUGCCUGGAAUGUGGGAAAAGCUUCAGCCAGAAUUCCAGUCUUACUUCCCAUCAAAGAACUCACACAGGGGAGAAACCAUACAAAUGCCUAGAUUGUGGGAAAAGUUUCAGUCAGCAUUCCAGUCUGACUAUUCAUCAACGAAUUCACACAGGUGAGAAACCAUAUAAAUGCCUAGAGUGUGGGAAAAGCUUCAGUUACAGAGGAAGCCUUACUUCCCAUCAAAGAAUUCACAAAGGGGAGAAACCAUAUAAAUGCCUAGAGUGUGGGAAAAGUUUCAGUCAGCAUUCCAGUCUUUCUUGCCAUCAAAGAAUUCACACAGGGGAGAAACCUUAUAAAUGCCUGGUGUGUGGGAGAAGCUUCAGUGAGAGUGGAAAACUUACUUCCCAUCAAAGAACUCACACAGGGGAGAAAUUGUAUAAAUGCCUGGAGUGUGGGAAAAGCUUUAGUCAGAGUAACACUCUUAUUUCCCAUCGAAGAAUUCAUACAGGGGAAAAACCAUAUAAAUGCCUGGAGUGUGGGAAAAGCUUCAGUCGGAGUGACAGUUGUAUUUCCCAUCAAAGAAUUCACACAGGGGAAAAACCAUACAAAUGCCUGCAGUGUGGGAAAAGGUUUCGUCGGAGUGGACACCUUACUUCCCAUGAAAGAAUGCACACAGGGAAGAAAAUACAUAAAUGCCUGGAGAGUGGGGAAAGCUUCAGUCAGAGUUUACACCUUCAUACUCAUCAAAAUAUUCACACAGGGGAGAAACCAUACAAAUGCCUGGAGUGUGGGAAAAGCUUCAGCCAGAGUUCCAGUCUUACUUCCCAUCAAAGAAUUCACACAGGGGAGAAACCAUUUACAUGCCUGGAGUGUGGGAAAAGCUUCAGCCAGACUUCCAGUCUUACUUUGCAUCAAAGAAUUCACACAGGGGAGAAACCAUAUGAAUGCCUGGAGUGUGGGAAAAGCUUCAGUCGGAGUUCAUACCUUAAUGGCCAUCAAAGAACUCAUAGAGGGGAGAAACCAUAUAAAUGCCUGGUGUGUGAGAAAAGCUUCAGCCAGAGUUCCAGUCUUACUUCCCAUCAAAGAAUUCACAAAGGGGAGAAACCAUAUAAAUGCCAGGAGUGUGGGAAAAGCUUCAGUCGGAGUUCACACCUUCAUGCUCAUCAAAAUAUUCACACAGGUGCGAAACCAUAUAAAUGCUUGGAAUGUGGGAAAAGCUUCUCUCAGAGUUCACACCUUCAUUCUCAUCAAAAUAUUCAUACAGGUGAAAAACCAUAUAAAUGCCUGGAGUGUGGGAAAAGUUUCAGUCAUAGUUCACACCUUCAUGUUCAUCAAAACAUUCACACGGGGGAGAAACCAUACAAAUGCCUGGAGUGUGGGGAAAGCUUCUGUCAGAGUUCUGGUCUUACUUUCCAUCAAAGAAUUCACACAGGUGAGAAACCAUAUAAAUGCCUGGAAUGUGGGAAAAGCUUCAGCCAAAGUUCCAGUCUUAUUUCCCAUCAAAGAACUCACACAGGGGAGAAACCAUACAAAUGCCUGGAGUGUGGCAAAAGCUUCAGCCAAACUUCCAGUCUUACUAUUCAUCAACGAAUUCACACAGAGGAGAAACCAUAUAAAUGUCUAGAGUGUGGGAAAAGCUUCAAACGGAGUGACAUUCUUACUUUGCAUCAAAGAAUUCACACAGGGGAGAAGCCAUAUAAAUGCCUAGAGUGUGGGAAAAGCUUCAGUUACAGAGGAAGCCUUACUUCCCAUCAAAGAAUUCACAAAGGGGAGAAACCAUAUAAAUGCCUAGAGUGUGGGAAAAGUUUCAGUCAGCAUUCCAGUCUUUCUUGCCAUCAAAGAAUUCACACAGGGGAGAAACCAUAUAAAUGCCUGGUGUGUGGAAGAAGCUUCAGUGAGAGUGGAAAACUUACUUCCCAUCGAAGAACUCACACAGGGGAGAAACUGUAUAAAUGCCUGGAGUGUGGAAAAAGCUUUAGUCAGAGUAACACUCUUACUUCCCAUCGAAGAAUUCAUACAGGGGAAAAACCAUAUAAAUGCCUGGAGUGUGGGAAAAGCUUCAGUCGGAGUGACAGUUGUAUUUCCCAUCAAAGAAUUCACACAGGGGAAAAACCAUACAAAUGCCUGCAGUGUGGGAAAAGGUUUCGUCGGAGUGGACACCUUACUUCCCAUGAAAGAAUGCACACAGGGUAGAGGAGAUAUUUUGCAUAUUCAUGAUUUUAAUUAUAUUUAUGAAUGUUUA